UUAAAGAAUUUCAAGUUUUUGAUUCUCACUGGCAAACCAUUUUCUAAAAAACAGAGAAACUCUCCGAGCAAAAAAAAGAAAAGGAAAAGAAAUCCAGUCAAAAUUUUCAAAGGGAUUCGGCCAUGGAAGAAACCAUAGCAAGAAUCCUCACAGAGCUUGAAGAAAUCAAUCAAAUCCCAAAUACCCAAAACCAAACUCCACUCAUAUCUCGAUCUACUUUGUUAGAUCUUCAUUCCCUUUUGUCCACAAACGACCCAGACCUUGUUUCCCAACUCUUCGAUGACCUCCCUUCCAAAAGCCUUUCUCCUUCUUCCCUCACCAACUUGUUGUCUUUCACAAUGGAUUCUGCCCCUUCCUAUUCUAUUCUAGCUUCCAAAGUUUACCUCUCUCUUCUCCUUUCCCCUAAUUCCCCCGUUUUCACUCUCUUUACCCCAAUUUCCUUCCUUUCUUUCCUUCGUUCCCUCCGUCGCGCCUUCAAAAACUGUCCAUCGGCCCAACCUGAGGAGUCUCCCCCUUCCCACGCGCCGCCUAAUCGGAAGAGGAAAGGUGGGGGGAGGGUUCGUGGAGCACGUGGUAACGUUAGAGGUUCGGGAGAUUGUAGUGAGGAAGCAAGUGAUACUUUUGAUAUGAAACAAGUCUUCAAAGUGUUUGAAAUGUUGGUUUCUGUUUUGGGUUUGAUUCAUUUGGAUAGGUUUCCGGAUAGUUUGAAAUCCUUGGUACAAACUUUUGGUGAAAUUCCUUUGAUGGCAAUGGAAAAGCUUGGGAAUCCUAGUAGUUUUAAUCGGUUAAUGGAUUUGUGUUCACGGGUUUUGAGUGAAGUGUUGAGGGCUGAGCAUGGAGAGUUGGCUAAUACUACAGCCGAGGUCUUGAAAGCUUUAUCGCCAUUAAUAUUAAUGGUUAAGUCGCAAGCAAGAAGUUUCGCUUUGGGGUUUGUCACAAAAAGGAUGACGGAAUUGGGAAACGAGAGUGAUGGUGUUAAGAAAGCUGUCGUUAAUUUUCCUAGAUAUUUGGCUCAAAAGGCACCUGAGAAGGCUGAGCCACGGGCUUUGGCUGUGGAUUCCAUAAUGGAGGUUGUUAAAGUGAUGGACUUUGAGGAUCAAAUAGGAUAUAUGGACUAUGUGUUGAAGAUGACUCAAGGGAAGGCUAAUCUUAGGCUGUUAGGUGUUGAUCUUAUUGCAAUGAUGUUAAUGUCAUUGAGGGAUCCUUUUGGGGUGGAUUCGGAUGUUAAAACCAGGGAUUAUUGGGGUACAAAGUGUCUGGAAGCUUUGAUUACUAGAUGUUCGGAUUUGAGUGCCGGAAUUCGUGCUCGAGCUCUAUCAAGCUUGGCACAAGUUGUGGGGUUUUUGUCUAGUGAUGAUAGGAAUAAAGGUAUUUUGAAGGAAGUAAUGGGGUUAUCCGAAGGUGGAGAGGAGAGGCCACAAUGUGGAAUGAAUGAUCUUUUAAAGAAUAGGUGUAUGGAUGACAAGGCAGCUGUUAGGAAGGCAGCACUUCUUCUGGUUACUAAGUUGAUAUCCCUUUUAGAUGGUUGUUUUGAUGGAAUCCUGCUCAAGACGGUGGGUAUGGCUUGCUCGGAUCCACUAGUUAGCAUACGUAAAGCUGCCAUUUCAGCUCUUUCUGAGGCAUUCAGAACAUUUUCAGAUGAAAUUGUGACUACUGAGUGGCUACAUUCUGUUCCACGUUUAAUAACAGAUAAUGAAUCUAGCAUUCAAGAAGAAUGUGAAAAUUUGUUCUUGGAAUUGGUUUUGGACCGGGUGUCAAGAGCCGGACCGGCUUGCGCACCCAAGAAAGGAUCUGUUUUGCCCGAGUCACAUCUAACAACAAAGAGUUUAGAAGGGGAGUUGGAGUUAUUAUUCCCUGGAGGGAUAUUGAUUCUUUUGAAAGGCAUCUGUGAUGGUGAGGUGACUCCAUGGGUGAAGAAGCUUUGCACAAGCCUCGGUAACAAGAAACGGUUGAAGCCCAAGAUUGCUGCUGCUCUUCAAAAUAUUAUAAAGACAUCUGAAUCUAUCUGGUUGAAUCAUUCCAUGCCAAUUGAGAAGUGGACAGCUCCAGCUGGUGCUUGGUUUCUUCUAUCGGAAGUCUCAGUAUAUCUUUCAAAAGCUGUUGAGUGGGAGUUCCUUCAUCACCAUUGGCUACUACUAGACAAACCUGGUUCAAAAGGCAAGUUACAAAGCCCACUUUUGCAAGGAAAUGCAAAUGAAGAUGGAGAGGGCGUAGAAUCCAAUUCAGUUGCAUGGGCAGGAGAUCGUGUUUUCCUCUUGCAAACCAUCUCAAAUGUUUCCAUGGAAUUGCCUGCUGAACCUGCUGCAGAUUUAGCCCACAAUUUGCUUAAAAGAGUUGAAAAGUUCAACAUGCAUUCCACAGAGGUUAAUGCUCAUGUAAAAGCUCUCAGAACAUUGUGCAAGGUAAAGUCAUUAAAUCCUGAGGAGGCUGAUCAACUUGUUAUGAGAUGGGGGCAGCAGCUUCUCUCUAAAGCACAUGAAAUUUUAGAAAAGUACAUUUCUGAUGAUAAAGAAGCAAAUAACAAUAGUAGUUUCUUUACACCACCAAGAAGUGGGAGCAGAAAAGGGAAGCAAGCAGCAAGAGCAUCCAGGUUAUUAUCAAAAACAGUCACUGCGGUCUAUACUGUUGGGUCUUUGGUUGUUGUCUGUCCUGCUGCGGAUGUGAGCUCCAUUGUUCCACUAUUAUACACAGUCGUAACUUCAGGGAAUUCUGAUCCGAAGUUAAAUAAAUUACCAGGGCCUAAGGUAUCUUUGAAGCAGACAGCCCCUUCUUUGUACAUUCAAGCAUGGUUGACAUUGGGGAAAAUUUGCCUCGCUGAUGGGAAGCUUGCAAAAAGCUACAUUCCUCUCUUUGUGCAGGAACUUGAAAAGAGUGAUUGUGCUGCCCUUCGCAACAAUCUUGUAGUGAUGAUGGCAGAUUUCUGCGUCCGCUAUACUGCUCUGGUUGAUUGUUACAUAGCUAAGAUCACCAAGUGUCUUCGUGAUCCAUGCGAGCUUGUUAGACGGCAGACUUUUAUAUUGCUCUCAAGAUUAUUACAAAGGGACUAUGUGAAGUGGAGGGGAGUGCUAUUCCUUCGUUUCCUUCUGUGUCUUGUUGAUGACUCCGAAAAAAUAAGACAACUUGCUGAUUUUCUCUUUGGAAAUAUUUUGAAAGCCAAGGCUCCACUUCUUGCUUACAACAGUUUCAUUGAAGCCAUUUAUGUACUGAAUGACUGCCAUGCACAUAACGGACAUAAUGAUUCCAAGAAUUCACGGACAGAGAGUCGACUUUUUUCCAUCAGGGGUAAUGAUGAGAGGUCAAGGACUAAACGGAUGCGGAUCUAUGUGUGCUUGCUGAAACAAAUGGCACCGGAGCACCUUUUGGCUACCUUUGCAAAGUUAUGUGCUGAGAUUCUAGCAGCUGCAUCAGAUGGUAUGCUCAAUAUAGAUGAUAUAACUGGACAAUCUGUUCUUCAGGAUGCUUUCCAGAUUCUUGCCUGCAAAGAGAUCCGAGUCUCAUCCCAUCGUGGAGCUGCAUCCGAUUCAGCAGAGGUAGAGGAAGAUGGUGAUAGCAGUGCAUCUGCGGCUGCUGCAAAAGGAAGGGCUAUAACACAAGCUGUGAGAAAGGGUCUUAUUCAAAACACCAUCCCAAUUUUUAUAGAGCUAAAACGGCUACUAGAAAACAAUAACAGCCCUCUCACAGGUUCCCUCAUGGAAUGCCUGCGAGUCCUUCUCAAGGACUACAAAAACGAGAUCGAUGACAUGUUGGUUGCAGAUAAACAGCUUCAAAAAGAGCUUAUAUAUGACAUACAGAAAUAUGAAUCAGCAAAGGCUCGAACAACAGCUGCAGAAGCAGUUGCAGGCAUGCAAAACCAAGGUGUCUAUUGGUCACCGCCUUGCGUUCCGAAAGCUGCAACUGGAGCUCAUCCUAAAAACAAGAUGAACCAGAAGUUGUCAAGUGAUUCGAAAGUGGCAUCAGCAAUAGCAGAUGCAGCUGCGGAAGCCACCGCCCGGUCUGUGCUAAGGGAGGUGAACAAAGGAGCAAUGACCCCACCACUUAAGGCCAUUAAUAUGCCAAAGCUCAAGUCUAACCAGGCAGGAAGCUCUGCUAAAAAUGAUCGCUCCUUAGAUGUAUUGGAAUCCUUGAGGAGGCGAAUUGAUGAUGAGAACUGAUGAUUAUGAAGUCUACACUUUUUGUUUCAUUUGGCUACCACUUAAUGACUUAAUGUAAAUAGUAAAAGAUUUUGCUAACAAAUCAAGAGUAAUAACUACUAUGUAUUAAUAUAUAAUAUUUUCAUCAUUCUUUAUUUAA